AUGACAACAAUUUACCGCCUCGUCUUUCUCGUUCCUGAGUCCCACGUUGCCGCCUGUAAGGCUGCCGUGUUCGCUGCCGGCGCCGGUCGCUACCCCAAGUACUCUGAGUGUUGCUGGACCACACUCGGCACUGGCCAGUUUCGUCCUGGCGAAGCUGCCAAUCCAAACAUUGGCACCGUCGGAACCUUGGAGCAUGUCCCUGAGGUCCGCGUUGAAACUGUCUGUUUCGGCAAGGACGUCGCCCGCAGCGCCGUUGCUGCCCUCAAGAAGGCGCAUCCCUAUGAGACGCCAUCGUACGACGUCUACCGGUGCGAGGAUUUUUGA